AUGUUCCGGACGUCAUACCAACGCGGAUUCCUAACUGUGUUCUAUAGCUGCGGCUCUAAACCAUUGGACUUAUGGGAAGUUCAUAUGCAGAAUGGUCAUAUUGCAAGGCUAAUGGACCCUGAUAUUAAGUCCAUGGUGGUAGAUAUAAGAGGAACUAAUGUAAGCACAGCGUAUAUAACAUGUCCAACGAAUAACAGAACUCUUGGAAUAACAAUGCCGUUCAUGAUUAUGGUGGUAAAGAAUUUGAAAAAAUAUUUCACUUUUGAGGUGACCAUUUUGGACGAAGGCGGGGUAAGAAGAAGAUUCCGGGUAUCUAACUUUCAAAGUACUACACAGAUCUUGCCCAUGUCUACUGCUAUGCCUAUCAGUCUCGCUGACGGUUGGAACCAGAUCCAGUUCAACCUAUCUGAAUUCACACGUCGCGCAUAUAACAAGUCGUUUGUCGAAGUACAAAACAUUAAAGUGAACGCCAAUAUACGUCUCAGGAGAAUUUACUUCGCUGACAGGUUGACUCCUGAUGAAGAUUUGCCUGCUGAAUACAGGAUUUUUCUUCCCCUACCUAGUAAAGUAGGUAGAUACAAAAAGGCUGAAGAAGGAAGUAAAAUUACGGUAAUUAAGCCUGCACCGUCUAAACCGAUUGUGACAUCACAAACUAAGUUGAAAACAACGUCUCAGGUCAGUAUUGUGCAGCUGCCUCCAGCGGUACCUCCUGAAGCAGGUCCCGUGGAAGGUGGUGAGCCACCAGAGACGGUUCAGGCUGAGGUAACUCCUGAGCCUGUUGCAGAGGAGGUUGAAGCCCCUGCUCAGGAGGGCGAAGCUGCUCCGGAAGAAGUUGAAGCGCCUGUGGAGGAAUCAGCCCCUACUGAAGGUGAGGCUGCUGCAGAGGCCGAAGAGGUACAACCUGAAUCAGCCGCAGAGGUACAACAUGAAUUAGCCACAGAGGUACAACCUGAAGCAGCCGCAGAAGCGCAGCCAUAG